AUGAAGGCGUCCAGCGCCGCUGUGGCAGCGACGCCGAUAAGAGGGGCUGCAGAGGGCAAGGCAGCCGUCGCCACGGAGACUGUUUCUUCAUCGUCCCUUUCCCUCCUUCAAUAUGGCGCCUCGCUCUACGAAGCCCAUGCGCACCUGCCCGACGAGGCCGAGGUGCAGCUGCCUCUCACUCGCUACGCUGACUACCUGCACCAUUGCGGCUUUAGCAUGGAGCAGGAAAGCAAGACCGCGGCUGCCCCCGUGCCGGCGGCGGCGGCGGCCGUGCUGGACCACGCCAAGCCAAAUACCAAGACGAAGACACCACUAGAAGAACGUCGGGGCGCGGGGGUGGAGGUGGACACCCCUUACAAUCCCGUCGAAAUUGCGGGCUGGGGUCUGCCAGAGGCCCUGCGGUGCGACGCGGACCUGCGCUGCAACGCUGUGGGAUCGCUGAGCGACGCAACGGAGUGGUCAACCAUCGCAGAGCAGCUGGUGACCCCUUUUAUGACUCCCACAUGGCGGCAGACGGCUACGCAAUGCACCAUCAAGAAGGCGCGGUGCGUGUACAUGUGGCUGUGCUCGCACAUGACACUGCAGGUGAGUGUGCCAGGGACUGUAGGGAAAGCCGUCGAAGACAGCGGACCAGCCUCGACCGGCAGUCAACCAUCCUCGCAGCGGACGGCGCCGUUAGCGCGCAGCUCAACCCAGCCGGCGCGCAAGGUAAAGGAAGUGCUGACAAUGCUAGAGCCUGCUGCUCCCCCUCAUCCAUUGGCAGUGGCCCUACAGACGCGACGCGCGCCAGCACCGGUCCUGGCCGAGGUGUACAUGCGCAUGCUGACCAGCAUCGGGAUCUCAUGCGAAGUUGUGGAUGGCCAAUUGAAAGGCGCGGCGCCGGAGGAGGCGUUUGAGUGGAGUUGGAACAUUGUGACGGUGGAGGGGAAGCAGUACCUUGUGGACGUGUCGGCUGCCUUGUCGAAGGGGGUGCUGCGCCCCUCAGCACCCCCUUCCGAUGUGUCGUCGUUGUCAGGCGUGUCACUGGAUGCGGGUAAGGCGUUGCGGGGGGGAAGCGUAGCGGCUCGGGGUAAGGCAGCUGCCCCGCCGCCGCCGUCGUCGCUGGAGGAGCCGUGGAAUGGGUCAGUUCGGCUGCUACCCGUAACCCCAGAGAGGCUGCGGCGGGAUUUUUUCUUCUUCGCUUACCCCACAUCCUUCCUCGCAUCUCACCUCCCUGCAAACCCCGCGAAGGCGCUCGUGCAGACAGCCAUGAAGAUAGCACAGUGGCGUGUGCAGCCGCGCCUCACCCCCGCCUUUUACCACUAUAGGCUGCAGCUGGCUUCUCACAAGACGCACAGCGCCUUCGUCGCCAAGGAGUCACCGUCGUACGUGUCGUUUGUGAAUCACUACUCCAGCGACACGGAGUUGUGCUGUGUACUGUACAUGGGCACGCUGCGGACCCUUCCUGAGGAUCUCUCGCAGACAAUACCACUAGGUGCGGAGUGGGUAUGGCACCAGCGUGAAGAGAGCACCAAUACCGACACCUUUACCCUCACCGUCCCACAGGCGGGCUAUUAUGUGCUGGUUGUUGGAGCGCGGCCAAUUCGUGUCGAUCCAUACAGUGCCGUGAUUACCGUUGUUGGAGAGACGGCGUUCACGCCGGUGGCCUCGUACGAUAUGCGCGUCUGUUUCACGCCGAGCAGCUCCCCGAUGCUGCCGCGCCAGUACCUGUCGCCAUCUGUCUGCCGCCUCAUCUCUCCGCUGUGCUCUCAGCUCUCACCGGGACGGCACACCUUCUGCGUAAUGCCGUCGUGCAGCAAUGUUAUUGCCGUCGCUGUCGUUAAGUGCAUCACUGCGGCUGCCACCCGCGAACUUCUUUCAUUUUUGUCCUUUCAGCCCUGCAGCGCCACCUUUGAGGGUGCCGUGGAUGUGCGCAUCGGGGACGGCGUGGAGGUGUGGGUGCUAUACGGCGCACCGGAUCGCAACGGACAGGAGCUAAGCCAGCGAGUUCCAGCUGCAGCACCACCAAAGGUGGCAGUGAGGCCUUGCACAUCGUCCUCCUUGACUGCGAAGUCCAAGGCAACAAACAAGAGGAAGGCGGAGGCCUCGGCUGAGCAGCAGCGGGCCACCGCAGCGGAGGCCCAGUUUGCCCACCUCUCGCAGGCGCUGCGCAGGGGCGAGGUGUUUCAGCGCUACGUCGGCGGUAUCGAGGUGCGUUAUUUUGUUUCCCCGGCCGUAGCAACUCUCAUUCAGCCUCAGCCGACGGUGAAGCAGGAGCAGAGUAUCACGCUGCGCCGACUGGCCGGUGUGACGAGUGCGCUGCUGUGCGAAGCAGCGGAGACGGUGCAACACCAGCCAGCUCCCGUCGGCAGGUACUUUGCUGCUGCUGCUGCGACCGCUGCAUCGAAGUCAUAA